UUCAUCCAGGAUCCAUGCUCCUCCCCUGGACUGAGACCUGCCUCCUGCUCAGUCUCCUCAGGAACAUCAGAUCUCUGACUUGUGAGAACGGAGCAGGUGAAUCUGGGAGCAGACCUUUACACUCACUUCAACUCUUCUGUUUUGUACUGGAAAGAACAUCUUGGGUGAUUAAAAUAACCAUGUCUCUGGCCAAGGAUUUGAUGCACCCCAGUCUUGCAGAUGAGAGGAGAAAACACAAAAAGAAGAGGCUGGUGCAGAACCCCAACUCCUACUUUAUGGAUGUCAAAUGCAUCGGCUGCUACAGGAUCUCCACCAUCUUCAGCCAUGCCCACACAGCGGUGGCCUGCCCCGUCUGCUAUGUGAUCCUCUGCAGGCCACGAGGGGGGAAAUGCAGACUGACAGCAGGCUGCGCCUUCAGGAAGAAAUGUUCCUGAGUUAUAUUUUCCCAAGACAUCCACUAGGAGGCAGCAGAACGAACGAUGAAAUAACUGGAUCGGAGUCACUGUGUGGCUUAAUAGAGAAAUCACCUCUAGACGAUUCACAUCUUGUAAUUUUGGGAUAUUUUAACCCUCAUGUGGGUUUUAAUGAAGAUGUCUAAAGAGGAACAUGCUUGUACACUCCAUUAUGCUUAACUCAAAAUGUAUGAAGAUAAUUAUCUAUUCCUAGCAUAGAAAACCUCAAAAUGCAGAACGAGUCAAAUGAAUCAGAACUUCUGUAAAACAUUUAUUGAGGGUUGAACAUGGAGGGGGUGGUACAUGAAAUGGGGCAAAAAAAAAAAAAAAAAAGGGCCUUGAUAAAAACUUUUAGGCCCCCUCCAAGGCCCUGACAUGAUCUGAUACCAUCACAAAACAAAAAAAAGUAAAACAUUUAAAGAUUUAA